AUGACCAACAACACGGUGGAUAGAGAUUACUUCCUCAUGGAAUUCUCUGACAGCAAGCAGCUCCAGGUGCUCCAGGGCUUCCUGUUUCUGCUGAUUUACUUGGUGUCACUCAUAGGGAACCUUUUCAUCAUCAUGCUUGUCACUGUGGACCGGUGUCUUCACACCCCCAUGUACUUCUUCCUGAAGAACUUGUCCUUCCUUGAUCUGUGCUUCAUUUCAGCCACAGUCCCAAAGCUCAUUCUCAGCUCUUUGUCUCAUAGGAGCACUAUCUCUUUCCCAGGAUGUGUGUGCCAGGUCUUGUUUGUGGUUUCCUUUGUUGCAUCUGAAACGUCCCUACUCACAGCCAUGUCCUAUGACCGCUAUGUGGCCAUCUGUCGCCCGCUACACUAUGAGACUAUCAUGAACAGGAGAGUCUGUGUGCAAAUAGUAGCUGCCUCUUGGUUAUUUGGAAGUUUUUUGGGGGCCUUAUAUUCAUAUGGCACCUUCUCUUUACCUUUCUGUGGCUCCAGAAAUGUACCACAGUUCUUCUGUGACAUCCCUUCUCUACUGAAGAUUUCUUGUUCAAAGAUGCAUGUCACCAUUGACAUUAGUGUCACCUUUGGAAUCGUGUGUGGAUUUUUCUUCUUAGUGUGCAUAGUGUCUUCGUAUGUUUACAUUUUCAAUACAGUACUAAGAAUGCCCUUGUCACAAGGGAGGUCAAAAGCCUUUUCUACCUGCAUGCCCCAUCUCAUAGUUGUCACCACAUUUUUAGUCACAGCUGUCACUGCCUAUUUGAAACCAGUUCCUGAUUCCCCACAGCUUUGGGACUUUUUGAUAUCUUUUUUCUAUUCUGUGAUGCCUCCAUCUAUGAAUCCUAUAAUAUACAGCCUAAGGAACAAGGAAAUCAAAGUAGCUUUGUGGAACUUUUUAUGGAAACUGAAUCAUUAUGCGUUUUAUAGGGGAAAGCAUUCAUAG